UUUCAAUAUACUAAGAUUUAUUGGGGUUUCGGUAUGCACUAAGGUUUCCUGUCAAAGCUGAAAUAAAAAUAUUGAGCCAUGGGUCCAAGGAAGCGCAUUUCGAUUAUCGCCUCGAGAACUGUACCACCAGUGGUUCAGAAUAAUGAGAGCAAAAACUGCCGUACGGUUGGCACCCAAACUGAAUUCCGUUCCAUUAGUCAGCCCAAGCGCAAGAAGGUUAAAGUCCAGGCGAAGGAUAUUUCUCAGGCAGUUCCUCAGCCUGGUCCAAACUGCCAGUCUGGUCCAAUUUCCGAGGCAUUUCUCCAGCCUUGCCCGAAUGAGAAGACCUGCCAGACGGAUGGCAGCGGAGCUGUGGAGCCAGCCGAUCGAGUGGUCACCCCAAAGACCGGCAAUCGGCAGAUGAGCUACCUGAAGAACUUGGUGAACAACAGGCGCGAGGAGGCCAACGAGUCCGAUCGGAAGCGCUUGGCCUCGUUGCUGGAGACGAUUAACGAGGAUCCACCGCCACCAUGGCACGUGGCCUCCCAGAUGUGGCUGGAGGUGGACCGACUGGAGAACCGCAUAGAGGCCUACGAGGAGAGUGAGAGAGAGGCAAAGAAAAUGAAGAUGGACCAGGAGCAGGAUCAGGGACCGAGCCAGGGAAAUGACAAGGAGAAGGAGCUGGAACAGGGGAAAGACCAGCGGAAGGAAAACUAAAAAGUCAGGUCACAGGUCAAGGGUUAGGAGCGUGGUGGUCUUCCAGUCACCAGCUAUCAAGAAUCUAGAAAACCGAGACUGAACACAUUUUUUAUACAACCAAAUGAUUUAUGGAGAAUUUUUUUAACCACUUAAAUAUCAAUUCCCAUAUUUAACAAGAUUUGUUGUCCAACAUGUUCGAAUGCUAAUGACUUUUCAAAUGUUUCUCAAUACAACGCAUUUAUUUAAUAUGUUAAUAUAAAAUAUUUCCUCGACCACA